GGUGUAGUACGGGUAAAUAUUUUUAUUAUAGAUAAGACUUAAGAGUGGUGUUGCUGAGGCUGAGCGAUUUAGAGAGCUAGGGUUUCUCAUUUCAAUCUCUCCCGAUCUCGACGGAACGACACUCGUCGGAACCCUAAUUUGACCGGAAUUACAAUGGACAGAUCUAGAUCUAAACGUUACUACUACGACAAUCAGGACUUCGAUCCCGAACCUAUGCAUCGAACCACCAAACAACAGCGCUAUAACAACUCUCAUUACGCCGCUCCUCACCGCCGCGGUCCCGGCGGCGGCGGCGGACGGAAAGACCCUAACUUGAUGGUGACAACUACGUACCGGAUUUUGUGUCAUGAUGUAAAGGCUGGAGGAGUGAUUGGGAAGUCCGGGAGUAUAAUCAAGAGUAUUAGGCAACAUACCGGUGCGUGGAUUAAUAUGCACGAGUUGAUUCCUGGUGAUGAGGAGAGGAUUAUCGAGAUUUCGGAUACCAGGAGGCGUGAUCCCGAUGGACGGAUGCCUUCGUUUUCGCCGGCUCAGGAGGCUUUGUUUUUGAUUCAUGAGAGGAUACUUGAGAGUGAUGUUGGACCUGGUUAUAGUAAUGUAGGGUUUGGCGAUGAGGACGAGGAGUAUGGGAUGCGUGGGGGUGCUAAUCGAGUGGUGACUAGGCUUGUGGUGUCCAGGAUGCACGUUGGGAGUUUGUUGGGGAAAGGUGGAAAGAUUAUUGAGCAGAUGAGAAUGGAGACUAGGACUCACAUUAGAGUGCUUCCGCGUGAUCAUAAUAUUCCUAGAUGUGUUUCUAUGUCGGAGGAGAUUGUUCAGAUACUUGGUGAUAUGAACAAUGUGAAAAAUGCUAUUGCAAUAAUAUCCUCGCGAUUGAGGGAGAGCCAGCAUAGGGACCGUGGUAAUUUUCACGGUCGCUUACCAUCACCGGAAAGAUUCUUUCCACCUGAUGAUGAUUAUGUCCCUCAUAUGAAUCAUGGGUCGCAUAGGAGUUCUAUGGAUAGUCCUGGUUUUGAAUCUCGGUUGUCUACAAGUAUGAGUGGUCCUAGGGGCAGUCAUUAUUCCUCCCAUCAAUCUUCCUUUGCACCAGAUUCUGGACCUAUGUCGAUGGAUGAUAAUGAACAGUCAUUUCCAAGGGAGGAUAUUGUGUUCCAGAUAUUGUGCCCAAUUGAAAAAAUUGAUAAUGUUAUCGGUGACUCGGAUGGUAUUGUGGACUUGCUGCAAAAUGAAAUUGGUGUUGAUGUCAGGAUAAAUGAUCCUGUAUUUGGCUCAGAUGAACAGAUUAUUAUCAUUUCAUCCGAGGAGGGACCGGAUGACGAGUUGUUUCCUGCUCAGGAAGCAUUAUUGCACAUUCAGACUCGCAUUGUUGAUAUUAUUCCAGAAAAACAAAAUGUUAUUACUACUCGACUACUUGUUCCAUCUGGUGAGAUUGGAUGUUUGGAGGGAAGACAUGGAUUGCCUGAAAUAAGGAAAAUAACUGGGGCAGACAUUCAGAUCCUGCCUAGAGAAGAACUUCCUGUAUGUGUAUCUGAGAAUGAUGAGCUUUUGCAGAUUGUAGGGGAGAUCAAAGCAGCACGCGAGGCUCUUGUGGAAGUGACAUCAAGACUUCGUAGUUACCUGUACCAGGACUUCUACCCAAAGGAUAUAUCCCCAUCCCCCAGGAUUGCAAACAGUUCUGCGGGGACUGCAUUUGGACAGGAGGCGGCUUCAAACAAUAACUUAAAUUCAUACAGAGAAACAGGUGCUGCAAAUCUUCCCAAUGCAUCUUCGCAGAAUGUUCAAAGUGUAGCACCAGCACAACCUACGAAGGAUCCUGUUGCUUCCAACAAAGAAGCGGUAAAGCAGACCGAAAAUGAGCGUCGUGAAAGUGUGCCAAGUAUAGGAAAUAGAUUCCAUGGUCCACUGGUCACGAGGAGUACAUUGGAGGUUGUCAUACCACCACAUGCAGUGCCCAAGCUGAUAACAAAAUCAAAAAACAAGCUUGCACAGAUUAGCGAGUUAUCAGGAGCAAAAAUAAAGUUGAUUGAAGAAGGUGAAGGAGCAACAGAUAAUGUUAUUCAAAUAUCAGGAACUCCGGAGCAAGCUGAGAGAGCCCAGAGCUUGUUACAAGGAUUUAUCCUGAGCACCCUGGAAGAGGAUUGAGGAAUGUGGAUGGCUUAAUUUCAUCUCUGCUUCUAUUUGGUGGAAAUGCUUUAGAGUCAAUGAGACAACUAUCUGCAAUCAUCAUUAACAUUUACCCGUUUGUCUAGGUGGAAUGUAUAUAGGCAAACUCUGUGGAGCUGUUGUGUUUUGUUGUGUACUUGUGUUGCUUUGUUGUAACCGUUGCUGCCCAUCGUAAAAUGCUUUCUGCGGGAGCCUUUAUCAAAUUUUUAUAUGUUUCAUUCCCAGAUGUUAAUCUUGUGGGAAUGUUAAUUAGAAUCAUCUUUUGCCUGUUAGGUUUAAA